AUGGCGUCUUCUCAAGAGGAGGACCUGUCCUGUCCCGUCUGUACGGAGAUCUUCAAGGAUCCUGUGGUACUGUCCUACAGCCACAGUGUGUGCCAGGCCUGUCUGCAGCAGUUCUGGGACUCCAAAGGGUCCAAAGAAUGUCCAGUCUGCAGGAGGAAAUCCUCAAUGGACAAUCCUCUAGUCAACCUUCACCUGAAGAACCUGUGUGAGACUUACUUACAGGAGAUGAGUCAGAGAGCUUCAGCAGGGUCUGAGGUGCUCUUCAGUCUGCACAGUGAGAAACUCAAGCUCUUCUGUUUGGAGGAUAAACAGCCUGUGUGUGUUGUGUGUAGAGAUUCAAAACUACACAGAAACCACUCCUUCAGUCCCAUCGAUGAAGCUGCAACAGAUGUGAAGGAGGAACUAAAGAUCAAACUGGAGCCCCUUACAAAGACACUGAAGACAUUUAAGGAAGUUAAACUCAUCUAUGAUCAAACAGCCACACAUAUCAAGACUCAAGUCAAGCACACAGAGAAGCAGAUCAAGCAGGAGUUUGAGAAGCUUCACCUCUUUCUACGAGAUGAAGAGGCAGCCAGGAGAGCUGCACUGAAGGAGGAAGAGGGGAGGAAGAGUCAGAUGAUAAAGGAGAAGAUUGAGAAGAUGAACAGAGAUAUCUCAUCUCUUUCAAACGCAAUCAAGGGCAUAGAAGAGGAGCUGAAAGUUGAUGAUAUCACAUUUCUGAAGGUGGGACCUGUCAGUUAUUCCAGAGCCCAGUGCACACUGCAGGAUCCAGAGAAGCUUUCAGGAGCUCUGAUCAAUGUGGCAAAGCACCUGGGCAAUCUGAAGUUCAGAGUCUGGGAGAAGAUGCAGGAGAUUGUUCAAUACACUCCUGUCACUCUGGAUCCCAACACUGCACACCCACAUCUCAUCCUGUCUGAGGAUCUGACCAGUGUGAGACGUGGUGAUGAGAGACAGCAGCUUCCUGAUAAUCCAGAGAGAUUUGAUCUCCAUACCAGUGUGCUGGGCUCUGAGGGCUUUAACUCAGGGACACACUGCUGGGAUGUGGAGGUUGGGGAGUACCCAUGGUGGAAUGUAGGUGUGAUGACAGAGUCUCUCCAGAGGAAGGGGAAGUGUGACUUUAAGAGUAGACAGUGGACUGUGUGGUAUAAAGAUGGUAAAUAUAGAGCAAGUGCCACUCCACAGCCUGACACUCUACUCACUGUGAAGCAGAAGCUCCAGAGGAUCAGAGUGCAGCUGGACUGGGACAGAGGAAAGCUGACAUUCACUAACCCUGAUAAUGACACACACCUACACACCUUCACACACACUUUCACUGAGAGAGUGUUGCCUGACUUCAAUAAUGGCAAUGCAGGCUCUCUUCUGAGCAUUCUACCCUCGAAAACCUCAAUAAGAGUAGAGCAGCACAGUUAAAGAUGACAGCACUGCCUUUGGUCAGGGUAAUGAUGAGGGCUCAUGAACAUCACUGCCUGUGGUCAGAGUAAUGAUGAGGGGUCAUUGAUGAAUCCGGAGACACCGUGGUGUAUCAUGAAGCAUUACCAUGAAUGGUGAAAGGCCUGGAACAUUAUGAAGCAUCAUGAAGUAUGACACAUUUAGGUAAAGAUAGUUUACACUCAACUCUUAGUGUAUUCCCUCUGAAUUUGGUCCAUGGCAAAUUAAAUGUAUUUCCAUAUUGCAGAUGGAACUGAAUCCAUUUACAUGCAGUGGCAUGCUGUAAUACUGUGAUAUUGUGCUACUUUAUGCACUUAUGGUAAUGAUGAUUUUUCAAACCCCUUGAUUUCGCCAAACAUAUUAGUUUAAUCUGUUAUCAUU